CUUAUAUCCCGAAAAACUUAGAAUAUUUUUUGCAAACCAAAAGAGAAUAAAAGCGGAAUAGAACUGGGGUUUACAGUGUGGACAUGGCGAGCUCUGGUGCUGCUGAUGGGGGUGCAAUGGGUGACGGUGAGACCCGCAAGUCUGCUGACAGUGGAUGUGACAAAGCUACAUUGGAACCUGUCUUGGCCAACACCUCUGUUCGUCGGCCACCUCUGUUCAAAAUGCUAGAGAUAAUGCGAAAAACAAAAAACACUGUGUUUAACAUACAGAACAGCAGAGUUGUCAAGAUGUUACAAGGCUCUGAAGACACUGAAAGGAAUUUAUGUGAUAUUGCAAGAUGUCUUGCAGAUUUUAAUCAGAAACAGGCGGAACUUCUUCUGCAGUUACUUCAUCUAGUGGUGUUCUUGGGGCAAGUGAGUCGCAGCUGCAUAUGGGAUUGGGUCACGGCUGUCCGAGGAGAGAAACUUGUGUCCAAAGACUAUAACGUGAAAAAAGUGGGUUUACUUUUGGGCGGACGAUUUGCCAGGUUCUUCCAUUUAACUGUUGUGAAAGAGGGCUUAUUUGUCAAUCUUGUGAAGGCAUCAGCGUUGGGGAGAGAAUUGGAAGAAGCUACGAGACCUACACCUGCUAAAGAAAACAUCCCAUCUUGCUUGAAGACUUGGAGCCCAGACCAGCAGAAGGCUUUAGCAAGUAGGUUUGCUAUCGCUCUAAAGAACAAAAGAAACCUCAUCAUUCUAGCGUGUGCCUGGAAUUCAAUUGUUCAAACGCGGGGUUUUAGGAGAUGGCUCCGUCAGAAUCAACCUACGGAGCUUUGUGAACAGCAGUUUCCAGCAGUUCUACGGUAUCUUUUCGAUGAGCUGAAUUUAAAUAGCAGAGAAGUCAAGAUCAUUGGUCAGGCUGUUGUGCACAGACAAUUAUGUGUCCGUUCUUCUAUUGCUGAGUCGAAGGAAGAAGACAAAGCACCAUCAAAGACUAGCACACAGACUGACAAUUCCCAAAAUGUGCAGGUACAGUCAGUCGGGCCUUGUAAAGUUCCUACGUCGUCUGAAAUUUCUCAGGCUACGGGUACCCUCAAUCCAACUGUGAACCAAUCUGGUGCUCAGUUUUGUGCGGCACCCACUGCGAUGGCCAGUGUGGGAGGUGCUGGGGCCAGGGGUAUGACCAACUCGCACAGUAUUAACCAAAUUCCAACAAGCUCCGUCAAUGAUCUUCAACAUUCAGUACCCGGACAACAGCUGAAUAACAUGAAUUGCAACCCUGUGAAUGUUCAGAAAACCUCUAAGCCUAAUCGUACAAGUUCGCUAUUUCUAGUUCCUCCACCACCUCUACCGACACCGCUAUAUCUUGGCUCGCACUUCCGUCCUUCACACCAGCAACCAGUGAGGGAUGGCUAUUGCAAUAACAUGGUUAAUUAUGUUGAUGAAAAGGCCCCACCCUUAUCAGAAGAGCUCCAGGUACCGCCAGCUCCUCCGGCACCAAAUAUGGUUCCAGACGUUGUGUUAGAGGACACAACUGCUGGGAUCAUCGCAUCGCUCGGCUGCCAAGAAGAUUUGGUGAAUGCAAGCCUGAUUGAGGAAAGUCUUGUGGAACGAAUGCAAGUUGGUGUCCUCGCUGACUUGGGCGUGGCAGACAUCCAUGCCAUGCCGUGUGUCCGAGAACUCGAACGCAAGCAAAGUACAGUGAAUGAGCUACUCCUGAGCUACUUUGCGGUGUACCCAGUUGUUACGUUACAUGAUUUAAGGCAUCAUAUCCUCAAAACUUUCGACAUCCGUGAUUUUCGACAGCUUGGUUUGGGGCCGUUUUCUAAGCAGCCAAUGCUCCUACGGUACUUCAAGACAAUCCCAGCAUUACGUGACAUUUUGAAGAUACAAGCAUCGAAUGUUUAUGUUCACCUUCAGUCCUACCUUCAAGAGUUCUACAUCGCGGAACUCCACAUCACACCUACGGUCUCGCUGGACAGGUUUAUUCUCUACCUGAAGGCAAAGUAUGGUGUCGAUGAUGAACACCGUCUCGGGAUCUAUUUCAGAGAUUUCUUGGCUGCUCAACAGGAAUUUAGAAAAGUUUUACACGACAUAAAAUUCCACGAAUCAGCACGAAAUAAUGCACUUAAACUGAGGAAGACCCAUAAAAAAGCAACCUGGCAUGCGAUGCGGAAUCUGAAAUUCACGCUAUUUCCUAACAUAGCUCACAAAAAUAGCCGAGAUAACGACUUGAUAAUGGAUGAGAAAUUCUGGGAUAUGGACGCGGCAGUUUUGGUCGAGAGAGUUUUCAGGAAGGUUGAGGUUGUAUGUGCGGCGAUUGAAGCUGGACGUGACCUCCUUGGUGACCUGUCGCUUACAAAUGCACCAUACACCAGUCAUGUCCUGAGAGAUUUCUUCGUGCAUUUGGAGGAGGAACCAUGGUUGCAUGAGCUAUUCAAAUUAUGCAUUUGCGUUGGGAAGAGUGACUAUAACAACAAGAUGCCCAAGUUAUCGUCACUUUUGGACUCCCCUGAUGGUAAAUCCUGUCAUAAAAGUUCAGCCUGUCCUGAUUCCUCUCAUGGCCUGAAGUCAAUGAGUAGUGAAGUAUCAGAUCAUGAGAGUCCAUUUACAAUGACUUGCUAUCGUGAGGGCCAGGAGACAAUUAUGGACAUCAUUAGACAGUGCGGUCUGGAGUACGAGGGCCCUGAGGACAAGGUUGAGACCGUAGAGGCUGUGUUGCUGUCACAUUUCUUCGCCCAAGGGGUGCGUUCCGUUGAGCAGCUUGGUGAAGGAGGAACGAGAUAUUUGGUGGAUGUGGUCGAGAAGAUUCAGAUGCCGGCAAACCAGACAAGUAUUUGGUAUGAAAGUGCCGUCUGCUCAAAUUCAAGAGUUGUAACGUACAAGGGUAACGUGUCCAACCUCGGCCUAGGCUUGUUGGGUUCAAUAGGUACAGAAGAGGCGACCAGUUGUCUUCUGAACUGUCCAAUCUUGGAAGACAUGGCAGAGUGGAGCAGCUGGGGUUUGGUGUUUGAACCAGAGUUUGGCAGUCUACGAGGUUUCAUCAGAGACAAUAUGACAAAUAUUUCUGCUUUGGAAACAAAACCUGGUACCUUGCUCCGGAUCCCACUGACUGCCUCAAUGGACGCUUUCACCGCUGCCAUUCGGAAGAAGAAUGUCUCUAUAGCCUGUGGCCAGCUCGUUGGUUUGGUCGUGUAUCACCAGGGGGACAAGGUGACGUUGCUGGAUGAACUUGCUGAGGUGAUGCUACAGGUGCUGAGGGAGGUGAAUGAUGCGGAGAUCGCAGAGGAGACGGCCAAAAUGGUGGAUGCGAUGUUGGAAGGUGAAGGAGUGGAAGACUCGAUACCCAGUGAGAGCAAACGUGGUGUCACUCACAUUGUCCACAGCAGCCUGAUGAAGUUGCCAUUGUUGAUCUGUGAACUUGUUGCUGAGAAGCUAUUCCUUUCGCCCCUGUGUAUUGUGUUGGAUCUGAGUGAAUCCAAGGUGCGUGAUCUGAUGAGUGACCUGAGCCACCCGAUCCAGGAGAGGAACAAACUGUGUCAGCUCGGUCUGGUCCUACAGUAUGAGGCAUGGUACAAGCUGUUCAUGCAGAGGACAGAGAAGAUGGAAUGUCCUGUUGAUGGGCCAUCUCUCGAGGAUGACCUGGUUGAUAACAAUGAUAGCACAAUUGAGGUUCAAGAGCCUGAAAAUAGAAGCUUGGACAUCCGCAUUGAUGGUAUCUUAAAGGGUAAACAUGCUUCAAUCAAACUUCCAAGUGAAGACAAGAUGGUCACAUACCUUGAACGGAAAAAACGUGAUCUUGAGCACGAGGAGGGAGAAUUAGACGACUCGUCAGCAGCGGAAAUAUCUGAAGUAGAUGACCAAGAAGAGAAGGAUGCAGAAAGAUUGUUGGUUGAUAUGGAGCAGAAAUCUCUGGUGACAGUUGUUGAGAGUGAUGGCAGUCAGGCAUUUGAGACAGCUAGUCGGCCCUUAGCCAGAGCUAAGUCUACGGAGCGCGUGAUAGCAGACACCAUCAUGGACCCAUGUAAGGCUGGUGCACUCUUCUUUGAUGACAAGUGGAAGGAUCAGUCUAAGCACACUCUUAUCAUGGCGCUGGUUGCCAUCAAGCAUCGCUGGAGCGAAUCUGUCAACUAUUCGCUGAAAGAACUCAGGUCAAAUGUCCAGAUACUGACUAACAAUGGUUUCAAGAGUCCAGUCAAGUCAACCAUUCACUUUGGCCCAGCGUUUGGAUGUAAGGUCGACUUUCAGAAGACUUUUCCAGGUGUUGAGUGGAACAUUGUGGAUGCAUGUUACAUGGAGGAUUUCGUCCCAAGCAGUUCAACGAAGAGUUGGAAGGACUUUUUUCAGGAGCUUGGCGUGUUUGAUUGGCUAGCGCUGCGGAGGAUGAACACAGAGAAACAACGGGAUGAGUUGGAAUCGGGCCCCUUGUCGAGCUGUAUGCCGUAUCUUCUCUCCUACGAAUCAACAAAAGGAAAGCAAUACGAUUAUUUCAGUAUAAAUGACGUCAUCUGCAGUGACAUUGUCAGCUUGCAGGUUGACCUGUGCAAGGAUGAGUAUGACCAUAUGAAAGCGUUGUAUCAAAUCUUCUCGAAGGAUUUAGAUGUUCUGAAACAGCAUUUGACGUCGACACUUUGCCUCUGUGAUAUUGUCGACAAUAUGGACAAGAUUCACGAAACUGACAUCAAAGUCGAAACAACCUUUUGUCAGUAUUUGAAAAUACUGGAAUGGAUACCGGUUAAGCAGACAAAUUUCGUUCAGUUCUUGAAGGAAGGUGCUUUUGUUGGGAAGGAGGAGCUUCGAUGUGCUCAGAUCAAGGACGUCUAUAUUCGGAUUCCAGAAAUUGAGCGAAUUCUGGCGCACACUGUGACAUAUCUUGACGAUGACCUCGACCCAGAUUUAGCCGUCCUGCUUGGAGCAAAAUCGACUCUGACGUACCACAAUGUUCUUGAACAUUUCAUCAGCUGGUGUUGCUGUGACGAACCGGAAUCCUCUGAAGCUAAAUUCAUCACUUCUGUCCAACAUAUCAAGAAAGUCUACCAGUAUUUCAAAGACCAUCUCCCACCGGAAAAGCUGAAAGCAUUUUGUGAGUUGCCGUUUGUGUUCGUACCGGACGAGUUCUGUGAUCGUGACUAUAUGAAAGUUUCCGGGCGGUUUUAUCACCUCAAUCAGGUCUGUGUGCAUGACCCGUUGUACAUUCUCACAAACUACUCAUCGAUGCAGGAGUCAGUGAAAUUGACAUGUCUGCAGCCCCUCGAACCACACUAUGAUGAGUUUGUGUCGUUCUUCAUGGAUAUCGCUGCAGUAGAGUCAAUGCCACGGCUGAAGGACUAUCUGACGGUGAUCGAGACUAUCGUUGGGAAGAACGAUGAUAUGAAGUCAGAUACUUACAUCAUGUUUAGUAUCAUCGGAGAUCAGCUCUCACAACUUCAGGCAGAGGAGUUAGGUUAUGUUGAAAACAUGCUGAGAAAAUUCCUUGGUCCUAAGAAGAUGUUUCCGACCCUGCACGAUGAAAACGUGAGUCUCGAUGACCAUCCAUAUGUGUGCUAUGUGGGAGAGGUGCCAGAGUCGCUCAUGAGGACGUUCUCAAGGAUGUCCGACCUUCAUCUCAUCAAAGUUGAGAACCUAACAGUUUCUGAACCGUGCGUCAGCAUGGGUAAUACCAAGACAUUCAUGUCUGUCUGUGGGAUCCCCGAUAUCUGCGAGGCAAUCACAACCAAACUUGAAACAGAUGAUAGGCUGCGUUACUUGGAUGCUGCACUGAAACGAAACAUAAAAUGGCAGGCAAGGAUGAUCAAGGCUUUCCUCAAGAAGCGUCACCCAGAAGUUGCUGAUCAGUUAACCGAAAAGAAAACCUUGCUGAAAAUACAUGAUAUGAAGUUUUACAAGGUGAGCAAACUCGACCUCGUCUAUGGCCUGAACGAUAAACCCAACUACAAGCACGUGGAGAGUCUGGUCUUCCAUUACGAAAAGGAGCUGUCUGCAGUGUACGUCUUGGGGGAGAUUGGUCCAGAGGUCAAUACGGAGAUAAACAACUUCCUGGCUGAUUUCCUCAGCUAUGGGGAAGAGAAUGUUUCAGCAGACAUCAGAUUGUUCCUGAAAGAUGUCCUUCCCCUUCUGGAGGAACUAGACUUGAUGUUCAUCAAAAGUGUCAAGGAAGGAGACGCACCAGAGCCCACAUCACCUCACAGAAAACGAAGACACAAGGCCGACUCCGGGCAAGCUUUGAAGAAACCAAAGCAUGAACCUGUGAGAUCUCUAAGUGAGGCGGGUAAAUCUAUUGAGAAUCCUCAUAAACUUCAGGUGCACCAUACAGGUUCUUAUAACAAGCAGUCAAACGUUAUAGGGGGUGUUGUUGGUAGUCAGGGAGCCCACAUCAGCCAGGUUGAACACUGUGCACAGUUUGGAACUCCAUCUCACUGCUACCAAGGCAGGAACAUGUUUCAAAUGAAUACGUUCAGAAAUGUGAAUACUUCUACAACUACUGGGACAAGUCCGAGCAUUUCUCAAUGCGACAUCAAUGCAAUUGGAGAAAGUGCAUUGAAAUUGGUGACUGCACAGUUAGAAUACAAGGACAAGAGUAGCCCUCUUUCAAUCAAUUCUAACAGUUUGUGUUCAAGGCUUGACAAAUCGGUCGAAAUGACCCCUCGUCCUACUGGCACUAGCCAGUCAGACUCCGUGAUAGGUUCAGAUGUGUUAAACUUUGUGAAAUCUCAAAUGGUGUCUAAGGAUAAAGAUUCCAUCUUAACUGCAGCAAUCGCAAAAAGUACAUCGAGUGUGCCUGCUGCUAGUCAAACUCAUCAAACUCAUCGGAUACCUGGUGCUUCAAAUGAUGUGGAGCAGGACCCACCCAAUGAGAAUUUCCUUCAAGCUCGGCAGAACAUUCAGAUGAUGAUCAGGGGUCAGUUCCAAAACUAUUCAGGGAAAUCGUAACUCACAUAAAAAGAUGGUGUGUGUAACGUUUUAAUAUGAAUAAUGGUUGUGAAAUACCGGUGAUGAUUUCAAAGUGUUACUGUCUCUGAUGUACGGAGUCUGUUUCUACGAUAAGAUGAAAGUAGAAAAAUAGUUCUGAAUUCAUCUCCACAAAUCUCUAUUUUACUGUUAGUCGCUGUGUUGAUAUUGUCUUUGAUAAGUUUUACCUGUUGUAUUACAGUUUAAUGUUUUAUUGACUUCUAAGUGAAUACUAGCACUCAGUAGCGUCGUGUUAUGACAUAGAAUUGAAAUUGGAUGGAAUCUUACAAGUUGUUUGAACAGCUCUGUCAUUUCCUUGCGACAGGACAUGAUUCUUGACUCGUUCUGCCAGUUGUCAACAUGAGGUAUAAUGAUUCAGGGAGUAAGGAGUACUCAACAGAAAGGACUUCAGAGAUGUAAUCUUAUUUCCUUUGUCAUUUUCCACAUGAGCUUGUGCUCCCACUCAGCAAGUAUAUUUUGUUAAUAAACGAUCGAUUGAGAUGAGUUGAAUUUUGUGACAUGGAGUUUUUUCUCCUAAUA